UUUUUUUCUAAAGAUCAGUGUUAUACAAAGUCGUGGGUUGUGUUCUACAGGCUCCUGCCACCUGUUAAAUUUCCCUCUUUUCCCCUUUACCCCCUCCCACCCCCAAAGUCAGCUGGGAGGGAACUUUGCUUUGUUCCAACAUAGUUCCCUGCAGAGUUGCCGAGGUUGUUGAAGUUGGAAUUUUCAGCCUCUCGACGGCUCUGGAAAGAAAAUAACAUGGGAAACAACUUUGUGACGUGGAUUCUCAUUUUUUACAUGUUUCACUCAGUGUCAGGUGAGGGCUGCUCCCUGAUCCUCAAGCCCUCCAGGGUUGUGGUUGGCUUCGGAGAGGCGGUGUCAGUCAGCUGUGAAGCUGCCCGCCCUGUUCGCGUCCUGGGCUGGGAGUCAGCCAUCAGCGCCACACACACACAAGAGGACCAGUCUGUCCAAUGGAAAGUUGACAGUCUUAUAGACUGGAUAGAAGAGCCUAUCUGCUACGGGGUGUUUCACACAGCUCCCAGGCAGUGUGAGGAGAAACUCAAUCUUGUCCUAUACAAAACUCCAGACAGUGUGUCCAUCACCCAGGUGAACCACACCGGUCCCAUGGUGGAAGGAAAAGAGUACACGCUACUCUGUGAGGUUCAGAAUAUUGCUCCUGUCCAAUAUCUCACCUUGAGGUGGUACAGGGGGCAGACUGAAGUUUAUAAGCACUCCUUCUCUGACCUCACAUCCUCCUCACCUGUCCAAGUGUCUUCCACUCUUGUCAUCACGCCAACCAAAGCAGAGAACGGAGCGGUGUAUAAGUGUGUGGCCGAGCUGGAGCUUGGACCAGAGGGACCACAGCCACCACCUACCGUGUCUUCAGAUUCACUCACAUCUUCUGUGUAUUUUCCCCCAAUAUUCCUCAGUCCCGACACAGAGAUUUUGGAUUGGACACUGGGCGCUGAAAUCACUUUAAACUGCAGUGCCACAGGAAACCCCGCUCCGAUUUACAGCUGGGAAUCUUCACAACCCAUUCAGGAUAAGAUGGAGGGUGAAGAGAUCGUGACCACCUCCUCACUGCUCCCAGGGACCUACACCUGCACUGCUUCUAAUACACUUGAAAAGAAAAGCAAGCAGUUCAUUGUCAAAGCAAAGACCAAAGGUGUUUGAGACACGCUACCUUGAGACUGAUCAGAUGACGUCACCUGAUACCUUGAGAAAAUUUCUCCAAGCAGAUUUAGCUUUUGAGAGGGAAAUUACUUCCAUGAUUCAGUGAAUUUUUAUGUGGAGCCUGUUAUCAUCCAGAGUAGAUCUAAUAGAGAAAAAGACCUGAAAAUACCAUGUUUGGUGACAGCCGCUUUGUUUAGGAUAUAGUUGACUUGUUAUGCUUUCAAUGUGAUAUUCUUUGUCUAAUUUAUAUUUUCUUUUUGUUAGACUUAGUUUCCCACUAAUGAAAUCAAACCGCAUAACAUCACAAAGAUGUAGCUCAUCGUGAUAAUCUGGCUUGUCAUCACUGUAAAUAUGAGUAGUUUAUUCAUUUUAUUCUCUUUAUCAAUAAAAUUUGAAUGGGAAAAAAGAAACAUAUUUAUAACCAAUAAUAUGUGUCCUUCAUACGAUGUAUAAGUAACUUUUUCAUGGAAAGGCAAGUUUGUUAGUGCAGCACAUUUUGUGUACAAGAUAAUUCUAAAUGCUUUACAAAGAAUU